CAGACUUUGGAUCGAAUUGUUUCUUGUACUACUGAACGAAACCCAAACUUUCAAAAUGGGACAUGUAUGUGUCGAGAUGAUCGGAUUACUUCUGAUGAGGCGAACUUUCAACAACCAUCAUUCCAUAAUCAGGGACUUUUGAUUGGAUUGAUUAUAUGUGGAAUAUUGGUUAUUACAUUAACCGUGAUCGUUAUUGUGCAAGCUAUACACAACAUGAAGACUAAUAAAAGAAUGCAAUGUCUUGCCGAUACUAUUCACAACUUGACAGGAAAUUUAGAUCCAGUUGCAACAACCAGUCGUUCAAAUACAGAAUAUUAUACUUUAAAUCCAGAGCAAGCUUAUGAUUUACCUGAACGACAAUACGAUAAAAUAUCUAAUGCUUUUGAAAUGCAGAGUUCUGAAACAAACAGUGAAAGUUUGACAAGAAAUUCAGAGAUUGUUGCAACAACCAAUCCUUCAAAUUCAGCAUAUACAACUUUAAAUCAAGAGCAAACUAAUGACCAACACGAGCAUUAUUACAAAGAACUUGCGAACAUAUCAGCGUUUCCAAGUACUUAGAUAUGGUGAUAUAUCACAUGACAGAGCCAUAAAACUUCAUAUUUCCCUGUCGACGACAUGCUAUUUAACCUCUUCGGAUGCAUAGUGCAUUUCCCCACAAUGAUUACGCUGAACGAAAACUGCCCACAGUAGUACAUA